AUGAAACAAGAAACACCUUUUGACACGUUUGACUUCUCUGUGUGUAGGAGUCCUGGGAGACAGCAACACAACAGGGCCUCUCGGUCUGAGGCUGGAGGGAGGAGCCGGCCGCUGUCAGGGGGAGGUGCAGCUGCAGAGACCAGGGAAAGACCAAACUCUAAACAAACAUCUGUGAAAGUCAAAUAUGAGUGUAAGGAGACUGAACUGAUGGACUGCUUUGAGGAUCCAUCAUCUCCAUCACAGAGUCUGGAACUCAAGUGCUCAGAGUCUGUGCGGCUGGUUGGAGGCUCUGGUCUCUGCUCUGGAUCACUGCAGAUCUGGAACCAGUCCUGGACCUCGGUCUGUGAAGGGGCCUUGGACCUGAGGGGAGCAGAGGUGCUGUGCAGGGAGCUGGACUGCGGGGCACCUUCUGUCCUCCAGGGGGUGCUCUCUCCUUCUGUCCUCCAGGGGGCGCUCUCUCCUGUGGGGCAGACGUUCCACUGUGAGGGCCAUGAGUCUGCUCUGAUGGACUGUCCCCGCUCCAGACCCAAGACCUGCUCCUCUGGACCCAGUGUGAACAUCACCUGCUCAGAGCCGGUGAGGCUGAUGAGAGGGGCCCGUCGCUGUGCUGGGACCGUGGAGGUCAGAAAGAGCGGAGAAUGGAGACCAGUGCAUAAACCAGGCCUCUGGACCCUGGGUUCCACUGAGGCCGUCUGCAGAGACCUGGACUGUGGAUCUGUUGUUUCUAUGGAAGAGGAUCGUUCACAGACUAGUGCCAGGGAGAUCUCCGUGCUCUGUGUGGUGAGGAGGAGGAAUGCUCCUCCUGCUCCUCACGCUCCUCACUUCUCCUCCUGCUCCUCACUGAUCCUCCUGCUCCUCACUGAUCCUCACUUCUCCUCACUGAUCCUCCUGCUCCUCACUUCUCCUCACUGA